GCCACACGCUUUACGUGUAAACGCGCACCAAAAAAGAUUAACGGUCCCGGCACAGUUCUUAAUGUUAUCAAUCGUUGUAUUCACUACCAAUUUUUUAACCACGAAUGAAUAUGUGUGUUACCGCUUUGUGAUUGCAUAUUUCUCCGUGUAGUGUUUAGUAGCCUACUUACGCGCUUAUUUUCAAAUUUCCUUGAGUAAAAUGAAGUUGUUAGUCACCGCUGCUUUUGCACUAAUCACGGUCGCCGGCGCCACCGAACCAAAGGCUCCUGGACAGUUUGUGUCUAUGGCAGAGAGGGAAGGUGCCCUGCUGAGGGACCUGUUUCUGGGCUACCAGCGAUGGGUGCGGCCUGCCGAGCAAACCAACAGCACAGUUAAAGUUCGUUUUGGCUUGAAGAUAUCACAGCUUGUGGAUGUGGAUGAGAAGAACCAGCUUAUGACCACUAAUGUAUGGCUGUGGCAGGAAUGGGAAGAUUAUAAAUUGAGGUGGAACCCCGAGGACUAUGGUGGUAUAACUUUCAUCCGAGUGCCUUCAGAAAGCAUUUGGCUGCCGGAUAUCGUUCUGUAUGAGAAUGCAGAUGGCCGUUUUGAGGGCUCGCUAAUGACCAAAGCAAUCAUAAAAUAUAAUGGAGCUGUCGCCUGGACCCCUCCGGCCAGCUACAAAUCUGCCUGCACUAUGGACGUGACCUUCUUCCCAUUCGACCGGCAGAACUGCUCCAUGAAGUUUGGCUCAUGGACCUAUGAUGGCACCAUGGUGGACUUGGUGCUCAUCAACCCUGAUGUUGACCGCAGUGACUUCUUUGUCAAUGGCGAGUGGGAGAUUCUGAGUGCCAACGGAACCAAGGGCAGCCGGCAUGACGGCAUGCUUUCCUACCCUUUCAUCACAUACUCUUUCAUCCUGAAGCGUCUUCCUCUCUUCUACACGUUGUUCCUCAUCAUCCCCUGCCUGGGCUUGUCUUUCCUCACUGUACUGGUCUUCUACCUCCCGUCAGACGAGGGAGAGAAGGUGACGCUCUCUACCUCUGUGCUCGUCUCCCUCACCGUCUUUCUGCUGGUCAUUGAGGAGAUCAUCCCGUCCUCCUCCAAGGUCAUCCCGCUCAUUGGCGAGUACCUGCUCUUCAUCAUGAUCUUCGUCACCCUCUCCAUUGUCGUGACGGUGUUCGUGAUAAACGUGCACCACCGCUCUUCCGCCACUUACCACCCGAUGGCGCCGUGGGUGCGCGUGCUGUUCCUGCAGCAACUGCCACGCCUGCUCUGCAUGCAGGAUCAUGCCGACAGCUACCAGAACCCUGAGGUGGAGACCAGGAGCCCUGAGCUGAAACCCCACGUAAGGAAGACUCCCCCAGGCCCCGAGGGCGAGGGCCAAGGUCAGGCCCUGGUCAACAUGCUGGAGCAAGCCACUUACUCCGUGCGCUACAUCUCACAUCACAUUCGCAAGGAGCACUUUAUCAGAGAGGUUGUGCAGGACUGGAAGUUUGUGGCUCAGGUGCUGGACAGAAUCUUCCUCUGGGUCUUCCUCACUGUUUCUGUAUUAGGAACCAUCCUCAUAUUUACUCCUGCCCUCAAAAUGUUCCUCCUCAGCCCUUCUCCUCUAGCACCAUAAAAAUGGGUUUUAACAUCAUUAUGCACAGUCAGACAGACACAUACACACGCAGGCCAAAUCACAACUGCAGGACCCACACCCUCUCAGCUCCACACAGCUCUGAUCACCAUGACAUUUUUAAAUGUAUCAAUAGUUAAAAAAAAAACAAAACAAAAACAUCUUGAAAAGAAACCUGGCUGUAAAAACUGGUUGGUUGGUAGAACUGGUGAGUUAUAUUACAUCUUGUUUCCAUAGCUUUUUCGAUUCCAUGAGAUUAUUGAUGUUAAGGUUAUUGUUUAUUGUGGUGCACAUUUGAAACUUCUCUGGUCACCUAUUUGCCUUAUUUUAUGGAACUUUCAGUUAGAAUCUUUUUUUUUCUGAUUUCACCAGCAUUGGACAAGAAUUCAAGAUUAAAAUAUUGACCCGUGUGGAAUCCCAUAUUUCGCAGAAGCAUACGUCUUUUAUGACCAUUUCCCUGCACAGACAUCUAUGCUGCAAUGUUGCUUUUGUUGAGGACAUAAUAUCCUUUGUAAUCUUCUGUACACAUUGCACAAUUGAAGCAUCCAAGCUGAGAAGUAGAAGACACAAACUUUAUAAGGCCUAGACAAACCCGCUAGACUCCUAACAACGAACAUAUCCAGAAUGCGGGUUAGGAAUGUAUAUGUAAGAAAGCUUAGAUGAACAUAUGUGAAGUGUCGUCACAAGUACUACAAUAGUGUUAAAAAAAAGUGUUACACUGUUUAUGCAAUACAAUAAUUAACCACAAUAAUCAGACCAUAUGUAGAUAGCGGA